AUGCACAAUAUCCGCCACCAAAUCCUCGUCCUAUCCGGAAAAGGCGGCGUUGGCAAGAGCACCGUCUCCGCGCAACUCGCCCUAGCGCUUGUUGACCAAGGAUACAAGGUCGGCCUCCUCGACGUCGAUCUCUGCGGACCGAGCAUUCCAAAAAUACUAGGAUUAUCAGAGAUGUCCGCAUACAACUCGCAAAAUGGGUGGGUACCCGUCUAUACAGAUGACUCCAAACAAUUAGCUGUCAUGUCCCUCGCCUUCCUGUUAGAAAACAAAGACAGUCCUGUCAUCUGGCGAGGCCCUAAAAAACACUCUAUCAUCAAGCAAUUCAUAGAAAACGUCGCGUGGGGGCCACUGGACUUCCUGGUCGUGGAUACACCUCCUGGCACCUCAGACGAGCAUAUCUCAAUUUGCGAACUCUUGGCAGGCUAUUCUCCCGAUGGCGCUAUCGUCGUCACCACUCCCCAACGCGUCUCCACCGCAGACGUGCGCCGAGAGAUCACCUUCUGCCAACAGGUCAACUUGCCGCUCCUUGGCAUAGUUGAAAAUAUGAGCGGAUUCGUGUGCCCGUGUUGUCAAGAAGAAACAAAAAUAUUCUCCUCAGGCGGAGGACAAGCGCUCGCCAAACACCUCAACCUGCCCUUUCUCGGCAAAAUACCAAUCGAACCGGCCCUGUCUUCCGCCUGCGACGGCGCAAAACCACUCAAAGAACUCAAAUCCACGAGAGCCGUCGACGUCCUCAAGAAGUUCGUCGCGGAUCGUUAUCCUCUCGGUCUCGACAGCGCCAGCCCAACCACUCCCGCAUAG